AUGGCCAGUUCUGAGGACCAGUGGUGCUACCCAACCUCAAACUUGUCCUGCCCCAGAUUAGUGUUCAGUUUUGGGGCUCAGGUAACUCUCUACCUGGUGUUCCUUGUGGGCAUCCUGGUCACCAUCCUGGGCAACUCUGUAGUCAUCAUCUCCAUCGCCCACUUCAAGCAGCUUCACAGUCCAACUAACAUGAUGGUGAUGUCUCUAGCUCUGGCUGACCUGUUACUAGGUUUAACUGUGAUGCCCUUCAGCAUGAUGAGGACUGUACAGGGCUGCUGGUACUAUGGCGACUCUUUCUGCCUCCUGCACUCCAGCUUUGACAUGUUCCUGUCUUAUGUCUCCAUCUACCACCUGGUCUCCAUUUCGAUUGAUCGCCAUGAGGCAAUCUGCAACCCUAUGCUCUACUCAGUCCACAUCACCAUGCCUGUGGCCUGGAUCAUGAUCUCAGCCAGCUGGGUAAUAGCAGCUCUGUACACCUAUGGACUCCUCUACUCUAAGGCUUACAUGACUGGAUUAGAGGACUUCCUGGAUUCUGUAAAAUGUCAUGGUGAAUGCAUGAUAGUUUUCAACAGCUUGUGGGGGACCCUAAGCACAAUCAUAGUUUUCUUUUUCCCUGUGUGUGUCAUGGUGUGUUUGUAUACUGAGAUCUACCAGGUAGCUAAGAAGCAUGCCAGGAGGAUAGAAGAUGCCAUCCACAGAGUUGGAAGGUGGGCUAACCAGGAAGUGGGGAAGGGCGCAGUGUCGAAACGCUCAGAGCGCAAAGCAGCCAAGACGCUGGGUGUAGUGGUGAGUGUGUUCAUCUUUUGCUGGUUGCCAUUCUUUGUCAACAUAAUGAUAGCACAUCAAAUUGGCUUCAGAACACCUGAGGGACUUUUUAUGGUGUUUUGCUGGUUAGCGUAUUUUAACUCUACUUUAAACCCUAUCAUAUAUGCUCUGUUCUACCCCUGGUUCAGGAAAUCUAUUCAUCUUAUUGUCACCCUAAAAAUAUUUACCAGACACUCGUGUGAUAUGAAUGUGUUUGAUACUUGA